CUUUGGAUAUGGGUGCUAGUCGCAGUCUUCUCUCAACCCGAUACGCAGUUCGGUGCCGCAGUCCAUCCAGCUGACUGAUGCAGGCCGAUGGUAGACGGACUAGGAAGUCCACACCUGUAAAGAAUGCUUUGUUUGUGGGCGCGAUGCACAAGCGUCGCGCUACUGGUCGCCCGCUUCACGAAGUCAACGUACUUGCGUCUUCCUCUGUAGAUAGUUUAGCUAGUUCUAUAGCAGAUGUCCAUAGACCACCUUCUCUCAGUUCCACAUACGAAAUAUCAGGGCGAUCCAGAAAUUCCGGGCGACAGCAUACGUCGCAGAGUUUCAGAAUGUCAACUCCCGUCCGUACUUCCGAAACGCCUCCCAGGUAUCGCACACGGAAUCGUUCGCGUCAAGAUGAUAGUUCAAGUCAUGAUAGAUCCAGAAGCAUAUUGUCUUCGGCUGGAAGUAAGCGGCGGUUUCAUCCAGAUUACGAUCCACUGAUCGAGAUUCGUCGCGCGAAAGAGAGACUUGAGCGAUACAGAGCCAAGGAUGAUUGGAAUGCAGAUCUUCUGUUGAGUGACGAUGCUAAUGAAGACCUCCUUCGCUACGAGGAGAAACUUAGACGCCGACUUGCUAGCCGGGGUCAGCUAAUGGAAUCAGUUGAAUUGGAGCGGCGUCAAUUGGAGCUGCUUCGUAGGCAAAAGGAUAUCGAUAUGGGCAAGGUUACCGAACGCUACGCAGAGUACGUGCUUAGCAUACCUAAACCCGAACGUGCUCGUCAUCAUCCUCGGACUCCAAACAAAUUUCGUAAGGUGUCUCGGCGCGCCUGGGAUGGGAUGAUUCGCAAGUGGCGUAAACAUUUGCACAAUUUUGACGACGCGAAUUUCGAGGAGAGUUGGCGAUCCCUUUCCUCAUCGUACGUGAGCGGUGGAACUACACCUAGCUACAGUAUGAGUGGUGCAUCAUCCGAUCAAGAAAAUUUUAAUCCUGACGAUCUGCGACCUUCGACCUCCGCCAGGAAAUGUGAACGUAAGCUGACCUCUUCGCCUUCAGUCAGAACCAAAACCAGGCAGAGUGGUUUUUCACAUAUACAGCCAAAGACAAUAGAUGACGACGAAGAUACUUUACAGGCACUCCCCACUGCAUACAGGCAUGGCACGGAGCUUUCUACUGUUCCUCCUCUGGAAGACGAAGACACACUAUCUGCUAUGCCAGUUUUGGCGGAGAGCUCCUCGUCUAGACGCAGAAUCACUCGCAGUUUACACUCAAAGUUUUCGCGCGGUCUCUCCCCGGAUGUCUUGCACAGUGGGUUAACCAAUGAUAUGUCCGACUUUUAUCGCUCAUCGACCGCCUCCAAACGUACAGCAUCCCAUGUCGGCAUGGAUCCGGCGAAAAUCGAGCAGAAUCCAGUAGAUGUCAGCAGCUUGACGGACUUUCCCAAGCUCAAAGCUGAUCCUGAGUUGACGCCGGCCUCACCGUCAAAACGUGCCAGGCGUGGCAUAUUGUCUCAGAUUGGAUUGGACGGAUCAAACGUUUAUCCUCCAGGAUCCAGCAUUCACAAGUCUUGACUACCUCCACCCUUCCCAAAGAGGCAUUUAUCUCAUUUACGGAAGCUAUUUUACAGUUACCGAACUUUCCUCAAUGUUCGUUGUCUUUCCUUUUCGUUGCUCUUGAACUUUGCUCUCUUGGUGUCUUCCGUUCACCCGGACUUUACUGCACGGCAUGUACAGUCCCCCGUCCUGGAAGCUCACGACCGGUGGUGAAUCAUCUCACGUGAUCUAGUCUAACGCAGUUUCACGGGACCGUUUUCACGUUCUUUUUCUAUGAUGUAUUGUCAGCUGAUUUAUGUUCCCACUGGCCUUUAUACUAUACAUUUUUGUGUAUGUGA